ACAGCCCGGUCGCCGGGAGCCUCGGAGCCGCGGGAGCCGCCAGGACGCGCGUCUUCCUUUCGGGUUCCUGGGUUCCCAGGCUGCAGCUUCAGCUCGCUCCGUCGCGGGGCGCCGGUCAGGGGUCGCAGUGGGUUCGGCAAAGCCCGCAGCUGAAGCUUGAGGGCGACGCCGGUCUCCCAGGCAACACGACACGUCGGAUCGCUGCAGGAUCCUGGUUGGCAAGAGACCUGGUGUCUGCCACGUGAUCCUCCCAGAAAUAGUGGGAGCCUCGGGUCGCUACCUGCGACAGCCGCGCGGUUCAAAGUACGACUUUCUCAUACCUUGAAUCGUGAAGGAUCCUCGGGGGCGGUGGCACAGGGAGGGACCUUCUGGUCAGUAGGGACGACGGCUCAGAGCUCCAAGGAUGGGCGGAAAAGCUCGGCGGCAGCAAGACCACGUCUCCGGAGUGGCCAAGCUGGAGCUGGAGCAGGAGUUCCGUGGUGCCGGGGCCGUGGCUGCGGGGCAGCGGCUCCUCCAGAGCGAGGGCCCCGCAAGGAAAGAGCCCGAAGGGAUGGAGGUGUGCGGGCGGAGCAGCCGGGCGGCGAGCGUGCUGCGCUGGUUCACCACCGUGAUCGUGUACGCGGCCUUCCUGGGGCUGGGAAUGACUGUUGCUAUACUGGGACCCACAUUCCAAGAUUUGGCAAGAAAUGUGAACCGAAACAUCAGCAGUCUUUCUGAAAUAUUUGUGGGUCGUGCUUUUGGAUAUUUGAGUGGCUCUGUGCUUGGUGGCAUUCUUUUUGACUGUAUGAAUCACUUUUUACUUUUGGGGAUGUCACUGGUGGCCACCACAGUGGGUCUUUAUAUUAUUCCUUUUUGCAAGAAAGCAGUGUUGCUGAUUGUCAUGAUGUCUGUUUUCGGUGUCUCAUUUGGCAUGCUGGAUACAGGUGGUAAUGUCCUCAUCUUGGAUAUUUGGGGGGAUGAAGGAGCCCCACACAUGCAGGCCUUACACUUCAGUUUCGCCUUGGGUGCCUUUCUGGCUCCACUUCUGGCUAAAUUGGCCUUGGGUACCACAGUGUCUGCUGAAAACCACACAGAGCCUGACUUUCAGCCUCCAGCCACCAAUGGAUCAUCUGAAGCUGACUCAGCCUCUCUGUUUGGAUUGCCUGAUGACAUGAAUCUCCUGUGGGCUUACGCUUUUAUUGGCACUUAUGUUUUUAUAGUGUCUGUCUUCCUGUUUGCUCUGUUUUUCAAGAAGAGCUCAAGGCAGGAAAAAUCAAAAGCAUCUGCUCAGGGAUAUAGAAGAGCUGAAUAUCACAAGAGCCUUCUCUGCCUCCUUUUCCUGUUCUUCUUUUUUUAUGUUGGAGCAGAGGUAACAUAUGGCUCUUAUGUUUUCUCCUUUGCCACCACCUAUGCUGACAUGGAAGAACGAGAAGCAGCUGGGUUGAACUCCAUCUUCUGGGGGACCUUUGCAGCCUGCAGGGGCCUGGCAAUCUUCUUUGCUACCUGUCUACAGCCUGGCACCAUGAUUGUGUUGAGCAACAUUGGCAGCCUGGCUUCAUCUUUGUUUCUGGUGCUUUUUGACAAGAGUCCACUUUGUCUCUGGAUUGCCACUUCGGUGUAUGGGGCCUCAAUGGCAACCACGUUUCCCAGUGGUAUUUCCUGGAUUGAGCAGUACACGACCGUAAGUGGGAAAUCUGCAGCCUUUUUGGUAAUUGGUGGUGCCCUUGGAGAAAUGGCUAUUCCUGCAAUAAUUGGAAUUGUUCAAGGACAAUACCCAGAUUUGCCAAUAGUUCUGUACACCUGUUUGGGGUCAGCAAUAUCCACUGCUGUUAUAUUUCCUGUACUAUAUAAAUUAGCCACUUUGCCUCCCAAUCGCCAACAAAAAGCAAACAGGAACAGUGAGUACUGAUAAGCUUUACCCUCUAGUUCUGGGAUAUGAGAAAGCAAAUGAAGGGGAGGAGAGCAAAAAUGGAAUGAAAUGGGUUUUGAAGUGGUUGAAAUGAAUGACACAGUAAGGCACAUUGUCACAGAGAUAUCUAGAAAUAGUUUAAGUGAGCCCACAACUGAAGACUCUGAUUCCUCUCAAAUAAGUUGAUAUUUGAUUCUUCUUCAGUUACUAUUGACAAUUCCCCUAUGAAGCACCUUGCCUGAAGAUUGGACUAAAGCGACUAACACUAAGAGAAGAUGGAUAAUUUACUGACUUCCUUGAAUAAUCUCCAAUUCUGAAGAAGGCCGAGCAGCGUUAGCAGAUUUCAGCAUGCUUUGGGGAUCAAAGUUUUCAGGUUCAUUUAUAGCAAAUGCUAAAACGUGUCCAAAUAUUCUCCUAAUUCCCAGAGUCUUUCAUAAACUGCCAUUUAACAUUGUGACAAAUUUUCACUGGAGGGUUUUUUUUGAAGGUUCUGUUUUAUAGUCAGUGUCUUCAAUUCAACGAUAUAUAGUAAUUCAAUUAUGAAUAUUACACUAUAUUCACUGAUGUUUUAAAAGUUAUUUUAUGUGCUAAUUUAAUUGCUAAUAUGUUCAGAUGGAUUUAGAGAUACUAUGUUCUGAUAUUAGAAGCAAUUUGAAUUAGUACAUUAGUAGUAGAGGUAUAGAUGGGUCUUUUGAGGCCCCUGACCUACCUCAGUAACAAAGGCUAGGUCUAGGUCUUUCUGUUUUAAAACUUGACCCUCACUGGGUUUGGGCGAUAAUCCCAUUAUAAGUAUGUGAACCAGGCUAGAAGUUUAGUUUACAAUGAGGCACAGACUUUCCUGGGGUUUGGAAUUCUUGUGUCACCUAUCCAGGGCUCUUCCUCCUUGAGUUUGAAAUACCUGGGAAACCAAAGUAAAGAUGAGGUGACUUGGUGACCCAGGUCACCAAGGAUGAGAGAAAGGGAACUUUAUAAGAGUAUGGCCAAACUGGUAUGGCUAUCCUUCAAUAAAUGACUAGAACUGAUGAGAGAUUAUGUUUACUUUUCCAAAGUUUUAUGUUGCGUGACCUCUGAUUUUCACUGGAAUACAAUGUUUGCUUUCUAUUGUCUAAUUUCUAUAAAUUUGCUUUUGAAAAUAAUUUUGGUUUGUCUCACAGAAACAUGGCACCUUUUUUGGACCACUGCCCCUUUCACUUCACAGUAUUGGCUCAUGUGAAGAACCUAACAACAUGGAGAGGGCUGGUGGAGAAAUUAACAAGAAGGAGCCUGUUUCUCUUUUUAUACUGUACUUUUUCCUUAGCCAGAGCUUGAAAAUCGCCUCUGUUCCCUUUACUGCUUUUCCUCAGGCUGUUGGGCCUUCGGCAGCGGCAGUUGUCUAUCUGCUGGGAGGCUCCUUACUACAGGGAUUCCACUGUCAGCUUCCAUUUCUAGAAGGUAGGAGAUGGAGCUGAUCUGGGCACAGUGGUGCACACCUGUAAUCCCAGCAGCUUGGGAGGCUGAAGCAGGAGGAUCACAAGUUCAAAGCCAGUCUCAGCAACUUAAUGAGACCCUAUC